CGCUACUCGGGACAUUAUUUUUUAUUCUAUUAAUUUUAUGACAUCCUUUAACUCAAGGUGUUUAUACAAAGCUUGAAUAGGUUUAAUGUCAAGAGCUGUCGCUGUCACAUGGCUGUCACAACAGUUCACUGUCAUCUGUCAUCAAACCAUGGAAUUACGUGGUUUUACAUUAUUAGCGCUCUCUAAAAAUUUUAGCAAUACACAAUGCAAUCUAAAUUCUUUCCAGUGAUUGACUCACAGAUUUUAUCACUCUGCUGUAGAUAUUUAAUUGAGUGCCAUGUUAUUCAUAGGUAGGGCGUCAAAGUGCGAAGAAAUGAAGUGCAGUAAUACGAAAGAUUUACACACAAAAAUGAUUUUAGAAAGGUUUAGAACGGUGUUAAUAUGGUCUAGUGUGGUGUGUACGUUGGCUGUGGUUGUCUCUUUGCACAAGUUGCUUACUUAUGAGGCAAAAUUCUCUAAGCCGUUCUUUCCUAUACCUAUUGGGUUGUAUGGUAACUACCUGGAGACGGUUUCCAAGGAUGUGCCGCUGCCGUCGGCCAAGCCUAAGGACACCGUGCGAGAUGCUGAAGCUGUGGUGUCACUAGCAGCUGCUCUAGAGAUGAAGAAACAUGGAAAGGCUGACAAAGCUUUAAAACUCUUCCAGCAUGCGUUUGCACUAUCCCCUAAACACGCAGAUGUCUUAAACCACUAUGGGGAAUUCCUAGAAGACACAAAAAAAGAUGUAGUCAGAGCUGACCAACUCUACACAUUAGCUUUAAGUAAUUAUCCUGACCAUACAGGGGCUUUGAUGAACAGGCAACGCACAGCCAGCAUAGUUGAAAACUUAGACAGAGAAAUGUUAAGGAAAAUAGACGAAAAACGAGAUGCACUGUCAUCCAUACCAGAGAACAACUCUGCUUUGCGGAGAGCUAAGAAAGAGGCUUAUUUCCAACACAUUUACCACACGGUUGGUAUUGAAGGGAACACAAUGACAUUACAGCAAACAAGGAGUAUAUUAGAGACUAGAAUAGCUGUAUCUGGCAAAAGCAUAGAUGAGCAUAAUGAGAUUUUAGGUUUAGAUGCAGCUAUGAAGUAUAUUAAUUCAACAUUACUGUACCGCCUGAGGGAUAUCACUAUGGGGGAUAUAUUGGAGAUCCAUAAGAGGGUUUUGGGGCAUGUGGACCCAGUGGAAGGAGGGCAGUUCAGGAGGACACAGGUUUAUGUUGGAGGACACAUCCCGCCUGGACCAUCUGAGAUACAGAGGCUGAUGCAGCAAUUUUUAGAGUGGCUGAACUCUGAAGAUGCAUUAGACUUACAUCCAGUGAGAUACGCAGCCCUAGCACACUAUAAGCUAGUUCACAUCCACCCGUUCAUCGACGGCAACGGACGCACGUCGCGGCUGCUCAUGAACUUGCUGCUCAUGCAGGCUGGCUUCCCGCCCGUCAUCGUGCCCAAACAGCACCGGCACCUGUACUACCAGCACCUGCAGACGGCCAACGAGGGCGACGUGCGGCCGUUCGUCAGGUUCAUAGCACAAUGCACGGAGCGCACGCUGAACCUGUACCUGUGGGCGACGAGCGAGUUCUCCCACAUGGUGCCGGCCAUCGGCGACCCGCACAUUCUGGCCGGCGAACUGGAGAUGGAAGAUCCGCUGUGAUACACUCAUAUUCACUUUCCGAGCAUAAAUAAUUAUUAAGGAGUAAGUUGGACACUUCCCAUAAGUUUUAAAGCAAUUUUUGACAGAAUUUUACAGUUUUAUGGACAAUGGGAAGUCGCCAAUUGUCUGGCUCACGUGAAAUCUUUAGUAGCUCUAGCAGAACCUGAUGGCUGCAACUCUAUUAUUAUUUACUUUAACAGGACUUAAUCACGUAUUAUUUAGCUUUUAAAUUGCCUCCAACGUUUCGAGAGCGGUAUCAUUGUCCCCGUGGUUUCGAGAAAGUCAUCAUCUUCUCCCGAGGAUGAUCGCGCAUGUGUGUGAAUGUGUAAACCUAUUUGUUACGUUUGGUUGUGCCUUGUGUUCUUGUUUGUGUAGUGCUCUUAUUUUGUUAGCCCUUUGAAUGACAGACGGCGAAGGAAGAUGCUGUGCCCAGGACGCCAGGCUAUCCCGAUUAUUUAAGCGAAAUUGAAAUUUACGGAGUCCCGCGUAAGUCCCUAUUGCAUUGGUGAAACUGACGGCUGUGGGCGUCGUUGGCGUCCUUGUCGAGACUUUCCGAUGACACAGCCGUCUGGAACGGUCAAAGGGUUAAAGUGUCCUAAUGUGUGUAGAUAUGUACCUACAUUUAACUGGUAUGUCUAAACAUAAUGUUUAGACGACUGGUGACUCAUAUAAAAAAGAUGUCAAAAGUUGGUAUAGUAAUUUGAAAAUUAUUCAGUAAUAAAUCAAAUCUGAAACCAUACUGCGUGGAGUUGGCCGCUACCUAUAUGGCCCAGUUAUUCACCGUGACCGACUUAAGCUCCAUUUAGACGGAUCAAGAACUUUUAUGCGAUUUUCUUUACAUUACGGUAUUUUAUCGAUCGACUGAAUUCAUUGUACUCUGUAGUUAGCUAUGUAUCGAAUAUUGCACCGUGUUAAUGGGGCUUUGGCGUAGAUAGACUACGUAUCAAAUUUUGUAAUAUACAUGACGGCGGCCGAUCGUAAGAUCAGGCAGAUCGUGAAAUUCCCAAGCAUAUCGUGAAACGUGAAAAUCUUUGUCUCGUUCCCUGAGUCGACGCGGGGCUCCUAUUUCUGGAUAGUUUGCCCUUCGGACAUCUAAAGAAAUUUAACGAACCUAUCUUACCUAUCUAUUGGUUUAAUGUGACUACCGUCUAAACAUUACACAGGAACAUUACGAUCUGCCUGAUCUUACGAUCGGCCGCCGACAUACACUUUGUGUGAAGCUAUAAUUGGAAGUUACUUCACAAUAAUUUCUUUAUUUACAGCCAUCACAUCUUUGACUAGUAAAUAAUUUGUGUGAUGCUUCCCAAACGAGCCUGCUGGCGGGCUUGACUGUGUUAGUUAAAUUCUUGUACAUGUAUUGUAAAUAUAAAAUUGAAAUUGUUAAAUUCGUGAAUGACACAGCAUUUAGGUAGGUAAGUUAAGUGAACAUUAUUAUUUGGUUGUUUAAAAUUAUCGUAUUUGAAUAGAUUAUUUAACGCACAGUAUUUUGAGGUUGCUCAAGGUAGCGUGAUUUAAAAUUAAUAUAAGUAUCUAAUAUUGUUUUUUUUUUAUAUGGUCUGUUCUUUUUGACAAUUUCAUAGAGUUGCGAUACUUGUGUAGUCUAAAACUCGAUUGGAUCACUUUUAGUAAAUACCUAUUGUACUUAUAAUUCAAUUUCCAUUCAUGCGUGUAAGUCGUGUAACAUUCUCUCUUCUAAAAACAUUUGAUGAUGAGAGCAUGUGCAAAUCAUUUUAAUCAUUUUAUUGACAAUAUUAAAAUUUAUACAUACAUACCUGGAGCUAAAUUCAAAAUCAUGAUCUGAUAAUACCAAUGCGGCCAUAUCUGUCUGCGUUACGCUUCUUAAUACGUGAUAUACCUUGUUUUAACCAUAUCAGUAUAUCUGUAACUGUGUGUAAGUUUUAAUUUGACCAAAGAAAUACGUUUGGUUAUUUUAUUUCAUUAGAUAUAACACAUCACGUCUAUUCUAGUGCGACCUUUUUUCUGUGAUACUGUUCAUAUAUUUAUUGGGUUCCCUAUUUAUUCCAAUUAUUUACCAAUUGUGUGAUAUAUUUGUAUGGAUGAAAUUUAUUAUGCCUUAUUGGACAGUUAGCAAAACUUGUCUGAAAAGCUUCGCACUCUUGCAUAGAAACUUGUAUAUAAAGUGGUGGAACUACUUUUUAGAAAGAGAUUGUAUAAUUUUAUUGUCCAUGGGAAAAAUAACUCUUAACCACCAAGAAAAUAAAAGCGAUGUGGCAUCCCAUUCCACGCAAGUUUUAUGUCGUAUUCAUUUAACUUCGUAAGGUCGGGUGGCAACAUCGAUCAACUUGAGUUCGAGUUGUUGGCGGCGAAAGGGUCAACCUUUUCGCCGCCAUUGACUUGAUAUAAAGUCAGUACAUUUCGUGUCCCACACGCCACUUCAUAUCAAGUCGUGGUUUUGGUCAGGUUUGUUUACGUGCAAUUUUUGACGUGGCGUUGAUGACACUUUAUUACUUCAUUGACGUGGCGGCGAAAAGGUUAAAUACUGAUUUUCGGUCGCUAAUAUUUAAGCGCAAUUGAAAUUUAUGGAGUGCCGCGUAAGUCCCAAUUGCAUUGGCGAGGCUGACGUGACGGCGAAAAGAAUUUCUGAGAUUUUUGCCAAAUAUGCAUUUCCUUAACUGGUCAUCUACAAAGCAUGUUGUGGAACGUGAUACAUUUCCUAAUAAAAUCGCUAAUUCCCUAUUGCCCCUUGGACAAUAAACAAGUUGUUACACCCAUAGAUUUCACUAAUAGUUUUGCUGACUGUACGUAAAUUAACGCAAAGCGGCUUCAGAAUGUUGUCUCAGUUUUGUAAUAACACUAACGAUUUAAGGGCUAGCACAUCACACGUGGUUCGUAUUGAAAUGGAGAUCAAUUUUGAACGGAGUAUUUGCAAGUUUACGUAUUUAAUUUUUUUUAACAAGCAGAUACGUCUGCGAGCGAUACUCUAAAUCUUAUAUUAAAAGAAAAAAAUUAAAAAGUUACGCUUCCGGCAGGACUUGAACCCGCAACCACCGCAAUCCGUGCGUUGGCUCCUAACCAAUUGAGUUAGGAAGAGCAAACGCACCGAUUGCGGGUUCAAGUUCAAUCAAUCAAUCAUUUAUUUAUUUGCAAAAUACAGUAACAGAAGGUGUUAGGACUAUUCAGGUACAAUGUGUAUUUUGCUUGCAAGCAAGCGUGCAAAUAUAAUGUGUCAAAUCUAAGCAUUGAAAAAUAACAAAAUUGAAAUUAAGACAUUAGCAUAAAUAGUUAGAGAAUUAGAAAAAUUAGGAAAAAGUCAGUCAGUCGCCAUAGAAUUAUAAAAAUAAUCAUUAAAAAUCAAGGGAAAAUAUA